AGAGGCGAGAGGAGGCUCGCCGCGCCAUGGUGUCCUGCGCGGGGCCGGGGCCGGGGCCGGGGCCGGGCCAGGCCGGGCCAUGAGCCGCGCCGGGAGCUGGGACAUGGACGGCCUGCGGGCAGACAGCGGGGCCGCUGGGGCGGCCCCCGCCUCCUCUUCCUCCUCUGUGGCGGCGGCGGCUCCGGGCCAGUGUCGCGGCUUCCUCUCGGCGCCAGUGUUCGCCGGGACACCCUCCGGGCGUGCGGCGGCUGCGGCGGCAGCGGCGGCAGCGGCGGCGGCCUCGGGCUUCGCUUACCCGGGGACCUCUGAGCGCGCGGGCUCCGCCUCGUCGUCGUCAUCUUCUGCUGUGGUCGCAACGCGCCCAGAGGCUCCCUCCGCCAAAGAGUGCCCGACGCCCGGGGCGGCCGCUGCAGCGCCCCCGGGAGCCCCAGCUCUGGGCUAUGGCUACCACUUCGGCAACGGCUACUAUAGCUGCCGCAUGUCACACAGCGUGGGCUUACAGCAAAAUGCUCUCAAGUCGUCGCCGCACGCCUCGCUGGGAGGCUUCCCGGUGGAGAAGUACAUGGACGUAACGGGCCUGGCAAGCAGCAGUGUACCGACCAACGAGGUGCCCACGAGAGCCAAGGAGGUGUCCUUUUACCAGGGCUACACGAGCCCCUACCAGCACGUGCCUGGCUAUAUCGACAUGGUGUCUACCUUCGGCUCCGGGGAGCCUCGGCACGAGGCAUACAUCUCCAUGGAGGGCUACCAGUCCUGGACGCUGGCCAACGGGUGGAACAGCCAGGUGUACUGCACCAAGGACCAGCCACAGGGCUCACACUUUUGGAAAUCAUCUUUCCCAGGGGAUGUGGCUCUAAAUCAGCCAGACAUGUGUGUCUACCGUCGGGGGAGGAAGAAGAGAGUGCCCUACACCAAACUGCAGCUCAAAGAACUGGAGAAUGAGUAUGCCAUUAACAAGUUCAUUAACAAGGACAAGCGGCGGCGGAUCUCGGCUGCCACAAACCUAUCCGAGAGACAAGUGACCAUUUGGUUUCAGAAUCGAAGGGUGAAAGAUAAGAAAAUCGUCUCCAAGCUCAAAGAUACUGUGUCCUGAUGUGGGCCAGAUUGACCCUGAGACUUUAAAUGAUUUCUGUUGUCUCAAAAAGACUUGAAUAUGUAUUUAAUUCCUCCCCAGCCCCCCGCCAGUGAAGGCAAAUUUUGUGAAUUGUUUUUCUUUCUCCCUCUAAUGUCUCUAAUACUUUCUGCUGCCCAACCUGACUUUGUAGUUCUGCUUUUCUCUUGUUUAUUAUUGAUUUUGUUUUGUCUAGGUUUUUUUUUAAUGAUGUUUUUAAUGUUCUGUUUCUCCCUUCAGGCCAGUAUAAAGGACUUGAAACAUUUUUUAAUAAUCCCCCCAAAUGAGUUUCAGAAUUGCCAUUCUGAUUUUAGGGUUUUAUUUUUUUAAAAAUAAUUUUAUAUAUGCCUGUCCCCAGCACUGAUUAUCUUCAUAAUCCAUUAGGGCAGAACGAUUUACAGUCAUUCACAUCCUGUGAUUGGGUGAUUUAAUCAUUAGUUCUCAGCAGUCGCCCUGAGGAAAGUGGAAACAGCUCUGGGCAGGCAGUACUUUAGGGUCACUGGGAAAGCCUAAAAACAGGCAACUGGAGGUACUGUGAUAGCUUUAAAAGCAGUUUCCUUAUUAAAUAGGGUUUGUAUCCAUAUUGGAAUGAAGACAAUCUUUCCGACUUGGGGUCUUUCACUUGCUGUUUUAUUUGUUUAAUACACCUUGUCAAUUUGUGUUUUAUAAUCUUUAAGUUGAAAAUAAUGAUUGCCUUCAUUUCCCCAGCUCUAGAUGCAGAUAUCUAAAUGACUGUGGUUGUCAGAGUGACCCGUGGGUGGUAUAAAUGUACCCCUUCUCCUAAGCAAUGGAUCUGUGGGACUAAAAUUGAGAGUAAUCUCAGUCCCCUGAAGAGGCUGAAUCAAUGUGGCCAUGGGUGGGAACUCUUAUCCAGACCCCAAUGUAGAACUUGACUGUCUGUCCAUAUGUAUUGAAACUCUCAUGGAACUUCAAAGUAUCUAACAAAUGCGAAAACGUGGAGCUCUAAGAUCCAAGAAGAAAAAAUAGUAUUUCUGAAAGUGAUGAUAAAUAACUACUUUUAAAGUGCUGCAUAUUUAUACAACUGAGAUUAUUUUUGUAGAUGCAAUGUCUGUGAGCUGGGAUAGUUGGGCAGUGCUUCAGGCAUUUAAAAAUCACUUUUUACUCCCAGGGAGAUGCAAAUAAACAGAACUGUCUGGUUU